AUGGUUAUGCUUAUUCUACUUCUUGCAGCCGAAACUCAGGGCCUGACUUUGAGACAACCGAACCCACAUCUCCCGUACAACUGGGAAUUGAGACGCUUCAUAGAUAACAAAGAUGGCAAGGUUGUACUAACAUUCAGUGGACCCCUAGGAGGAGAUCCUCCCCACUUUAUACUCUCUUUAUGCGACCUUGCCCCCGUCAAUCCCUGUGAGCACACACCUAUGGUAAUGAGUAUCACAGACUUUUACAUGUGUCCAGCAGGAGGAUCAUCUUAUUGUAACCAGCCUAAUCAUUACUAUUGUGGAUAUUGGGGAUGUGAAACAGUGGCAACCGCCUGGCAACCGUCUGAAGCAGAUGAAGAUAUAACUGUUGACUGGUGGCCCUCGGACUGCACUCCUUGGCGAUUAGCAACCCCUGGACAUAGGGGGAAGGGAUUGUGUGAACUCAUAAAAAUAGAGGUAACCAAUCCAAUGGAUAAAAAAUGGGACUAUGGAAAAAUGUGGGGAGUGCGUUAUUAUGAGAGAGGAACAGAUAGGGGAAAUGUGUUCAUAAUUCAGAGACGCCCAGAAAAUGGCACAUCUUCUAUAGGCCUGAAUUGGGCCAAGAAGCCAAAGAUGAUGUCUUUGCCUGCUAAGAGCCCGAAGGUUGGCCCUAUCUCAUUACUGGUCCUGGCACCAAUAAUGGGCUACCUGACUGGAGCCCAAACUGCAGAAACAACUGCGUUGUUCAUCUUCAUAGCCCUUACAACCUUGCCUGAAGGAAUAGAGGCUGCACCACCACCAGGAACAGCAGUGCCAGUAGUGCCAGUACCUCCAACCCUGAACUUGGCACCAGCCGCGGACAAAGACCCACUCUGGCACCUUCUGCAAGCAACCUUUCAAGUACUCAAUGCCUCGAAUCCUAACCUAACUCAGUCUUGUUGGUUGUGUUAUAGUGCAAGGCCGCCCUAUUAUGAGGGCAUAGCCACCAAUGACACUUACACAAUGUCCAGUGGGUUUAAUGAAUGUAGAUACCAACAUGAAGCUGAUGUCAAACUCACUCUACAAUUGGUUAGAGGGCAAGGAUUAUGCAUAGGUAAAGUUCCAGAGUCGCAUCGUCACCUAUGUGUUGAAACUAUACAACCUACAACCUCGGCUUAUGUUAUACCCUCAACCAACACUUGGUGGGCCUGUUCCACUGGGUUGACCCCAUGUAUUCACACUCAGGUACUCAACAGGUCCCAGGAUUAUUGUGUACAAGUUCGGUUGUGGCCUAAAAUAUUCUAUCACACAGACGCAGAGAUUUAUCAGUCCAUAGAAAGUGGGCUCCAUAGUAUGAGAGUCAAGAGGGAGCCAAUAACUGCCAUUACCCUCACAAUGUUAUUGGGAUUGGGAGUAGCAGGAACGGGCACUGGAAUUACUUCUCUGGUUCUACAAAACCAGUACUAUGGUCAACUCCGAGCAGCUAUAGACGUUGAUAUAGAAAGGAUAGAAAAUUCCAUCUCCCUUUUACAGGACUCACUAACUUCCCUAGCAGAAGUGGUGCUACAGAAUCGCAGGGGGUUAGAUUUACUGUUACUCCAACAAGGAGGGCUAUGUGCAGCAUUAGGAGAAGAAUGCUGCUUCUACGCUGAUCAUUCAGGGGCAGUGAAAGAGUCUAUGGCUAAAGUGAGAGAAGGCCUGGCCAAAAGGAAACAAGAAAGAGAAAACAAAAUAGGGUGGUUUGACUCUUGGUCUAACACAUCUCCUUGGCUGGUUACAUUGGUGUCCACAUUGAUGGGCCCUCUAGUCAUUCUUCUACUGUUGCUGACGGUUGGGCCUUGUCUUCUUAACAAGCUGCUCACUUUUAUAAGAGACCGUAUAAGUGCAGUACAAAGCGGCGACGGCGGUAGCGGCGGCAGCGGCGGCAGCGGCGGCAGCGGCGGCAGCGGCAGCCGGGGCGGCAGCCGGGGCACCGCGUCCGCGGUGGGCGACUGUGGCACCCAGAGGGUGGCAGCAGCGGAGGUGGUAGCAGCAGAAGGGGGCUCCAAACGGCGAUUCCAGCGACCGCGAAGAAGAGAAGCAGCGGAGCCCCGCCUAAGCCCACCUGCCUCAGGCCGAGGUCGAUCUGUCGGCCGCUCUGCGGUCCGAGCCCCACCUGCCUACGGCUCAGGGCUUGCCGGCUGCGGGCCCCGCCCACCUGCGGUCCAGGAAUACGCGGACCUGCCGGCUGCCCCACGGGAACUGAAUCCACCCAAAAACCCUGUCGUCGUCGCCAGCACAACAGAUGGGGCUUCUCCCUCAAUAUCUCCCUUUACCUCACAUACAUGA